AUGGGAAAAACUGACAAUCUAACACUUCUGCCAGAUGCCCUGAACGCCAAUCUCUCCGCCCUCUCUGUCUCAGCGCAAGAACGCGCCGCUAAGGAUGCCGCUAAGAAGGAGGCUAAAGCUGCUGCUAACGAGGCACGCGACAGCGAGCGCAAGGCCGCCUCCAAGAUUCAGAUCAAGCGCGUUGAGCGGAACAAGCGCAAGUACGUGACGGUUGUGAUCGGGCUGGAGGUCUUCGGAUUGGAGAACAAGAAGAUUGCAAAGGACCUGGGCAAGAAAUUUGCUACGGGGUCGUCGGUGACCCGUUCGCCUGCAGGCAUCGAGGAGAUCACCGUCCAGGGUGAUGUUAGCGAUGACCUGCGCGAAUGGCUCCUCGAGAUUCACGGCAAGAAGAUCCCCGCGUCUAAUAUCGAAUUGAUUGAAGACAAGAAGAAGAAAAAGAGCGAGGGCCCGAUGGUAUAA